CUUCAAGAUCUACAGCGAGCCACAGUUUUUUUAACUCUCCCUUUCAUUAUCGUUUUCUCUCUUUCUUCAACCAUCCUGUCCGAUAAUGCUCUCCGUAGACGGUCCCAAGAUUGUCCGUCAGAUUCGCUGUAUAUUGACAGCAAUGUCCUCCAAGGUCCAUGCGAAACGGGAAACGCCUUCUCUGAUAGCCCCCGCACAUCAUUCAUUCAUUCACCCGCACUCGACCUUCCAUAUCUACCAACGGAAAUAUGGCUCAUGAUUCUGCGCGAAGCCACAACCAUGAACUCAGACCCCCUCGAUAUCUCCCUUGGUCUAUCAUUUUUGGAAACCACCUGCGAAGUCUCAGAAUACCACGCCUCCAUGAAGAUCAAGCGGGACCUAUCGCUUGUAAGCAAAAUGUGGAAUAAAUACAUGCAGGAGUACCUAUACGAGUUUGUUUGGAUCAGUCGAGCCAGCCAAGCAAAAGCGCUCGCACUCACCUUACUCACACAAUUUAUCGAGGGUAAGCCCUCCAGCGGCAACUACAUUCGCCGAUUACACAUGGAAACGCCCGUCCUCAUGCGGUGCGCUACGGAUGAUAUCCGUACCAUUCUUGAUUACGCCCCCCAUCUCGUCAUCUAUUCUGAUCAUCACUCUGUGCGAUGCAUGCGGUAUUCAGAGUUUAUUGAUGUGCGCUGUUCCCCGGAACAGAUGGUUUCUGUUCUUGCAAAUUCGAAUAGCAAGCUCCGCAAACUCUCUCUUACCAACUAUAGUGAUGACCCCUUCCCAAAACAUGUGUCGCCGCUCCUCCGGCGCACUGCAGCUAACCUCGAAUACCUGGAACUUUCAUCAUCCACUAUACCCCUCGUUUCUGGUCACCUCUUCGCAUCAAAAUCCCCCAUCGUUUCCCUUCCUGUACUUCAAUCCCUCAAACUGACCCUCGAUAACACAACCUUUGCGGUACUUGCGGCAUGGGACAUGCCAAAUCUGCGAAAUGUCUCUGUAGUCUCUUCAGAUUUUGGCUACGCAGGACCCGGGUUCGCUUACUUCUUUGCCGCACAUGGCAAAAAACUACACCAGUUGGAACUGGGACACUCUUCUUCGCUCGUCGUCGAACACUACCUCUCACUUCAUCCUCGGCCUGUACAACAUAUUCCACUAGCAGAGUGGUGCCCCAAUCUCAAAGAGUUCAUCUGUUCAGCGGAUGCAGAGUGGAGCUGGCAGAAUCCAGAUUGGAUAGCUCCACACGUCCUCCUUCCUGGGCACAAAAGCCUGGAAUUCAUUGGCAUCCGAGAUAUCGAUAAGCGCCUCAUGGAUGACGCAUAUGCUUUCCCUGCUGACAGGGAAGAUGAGGCGCCAUUUUUCCCAUUGGUGGAGCAAAUCUCGUCGCUACUCUUCAAUGACGCCUUCCCGUCUUUACGGUACAUCCGUGACUUGAGCCGGGGAUCCCAUUCGAUGCGCGUCGGACAACGUCCCGAGACGCGAAUCUUGAAAUUCUGGGCCAAGAUUCUUGCCCGUUGUGGUGAGCGGCAGGUCUGGCUCGAGGAUUUCCGAGGCGUCAACAUUACGUUACGGGAUCUGAAACGGGCAGGACUUGACCGUAUAGGAGGUGCUGGCACUCUUGUCUAGUGUUUUUUUAUUCCCUUUACUUCUGUGCUUUCUACAUGCAUACCCUCCUUAUCUUCCGUUCUGCGUCACUAUCUAUCUGCGUCACUGUCCGUCUAUCACUGUAUCAAAAACCCGUACAUGCAUUCUUCAUUCACCCCAUAACCACACAUACUGCGAAUACCAUAGCACUAGUUUCUCGGUCCUCUUCAUUUUUUUCUACCCAUUCUACAUCCCUCUUCGGGCUCCCAGCAUCCGUGCGCGCAUACCUCGUGGAGUUGGACGCCUUUCUGUCGGACAGUCUCUCAUUUCCAUUUCCAUUUUCUUGGUCUAGGGUCUUCGAUGACUGUAGCAUUACCACCGCAUCACAUCACAUCGUACAUACUAUCAUACGCUCGUUUCGUCGUCAUUCGUUCUUCACUCUCUUUCCUGGUUGGUUUUGGAUGCAUCUUUGUGGCCUAUAUCAUGUAGAAGGAUGGAAAUGACAAUUUUUUGGAGAAUGUUU